UCAAAAAAGUUACGUUGUGAUUUAUUGUUUUAUUGAAUUUUUUAUUUAAAAUCAGUACAAAAUUGUUGGGUUUUUUAUGUAAUUCAUUUAUUAUGACUGGAGAAACGGAAAGCAAUGUUGGGAAUUCUCUGUUGCCAGCAACCGGAGAUAAAAUAAUUAAUUUUGUGGAUAACCGCUCUUGCAGCAAACCCUCAAAAAGGUCUUCUUUAUUGUGGUGGUGUCUUGCAUGAAACGCUGCCAAGAGACUGAAUUUGUUCUUCUGAAGCUUUUUUUUUGGAUGUUACGAUGACAAACUCACAGGUGGGGUUUCGAGGAGUUCGCAGCUCGAAAUUCCGUCACGUUUACGGCGAGCCAGCGAAACGAGAGAAAUGUUACGACAAUAUAAACAUAACAAAAAACGCACACGACUCUCAAUUUUGUGCCGUUAAUCCAAAAUUCGUUGCUUUAGUCACCGAAGUGGCCGGUGGUGGAGCUUUUAUAGUCAUACCUAUCGAAAGUACUGGACGACUGGAUUUUAAUGCUAGCCGAGUGACAGGACAUACAGGACCGGUUUUAGACAUAAAAUGGAAUCCUUUUAAUGACAACGUCAUUGCUAGUUGUUCCGACGAUUGUACUAUUAAAUUAUGGCAUAUUCCGGACGGUGGUUUAUCAAUGCAUUUGACCGAAUGGUUGGUUGAGCUGCAAGGGCAUAAACGAAGGGUGGCCUACAUUGAGUGGCAUCCUUGUGCUGAAAAUAUACUUUUCAGUGCCGGAUUCGACCAUUUGGUGAUCAUUUGGGACAUAGAAAAAGGUGAAACCGUAAAUGUGAUCGACUGUCAUCCAGACGUGAUUUAUUCAAUGUCACUGAACCGCGAUGGCAGUCUUCUAACAACGACAUGCAAAGAUAAAAAAUUGCGAGUAAUUGAACCGAGAAGUGGCAUCGUUAAAAGUGAGGGGGUUUGUCAUGCUGGUUCCAAAGCCAGUAAAGUGACAUUUUUGGGCUCAAGUGGGCGGUUAUUAACUACGGGUUUUUCACGACAUUCCGAUCGUCAGUAUUCGAUUUGGGAUCAAAAUGAUUUGAGCAAACCCUUGACUAUUGAUACAAUUGAUAGCUCGUCUGGUGUUGUUUUUCCCUUUUUUGAUUGUGAUUCCAAUAUUGUGUUUCUUGCUGGCAAGGGCGAUGGCAAUAUUAGGUAUUAUGAGGUUACGGACGAACCGCCUUAUAUACAUUUUCUCAGCCAGUUUCUAUCCGGAAGUCCCCAGCGCGGCUUAGGAAUCAUGCCUAAGCGCGGCUUAAACAUCCACAUUUGCGAAAUUUUCCGUUUUUACAAACUGCACGCAAUCAAAGGUAUCUGCGAGCCAAUCAGUAUGAUCGUUCCGCGAAAAAGCGACCAAUUCCAUGAAGAUUUAUACCCUGAUACUGCCGCUCCAAAGCCUGCCUUAUCCGCUCAAGAAUGGAUCAAAGGUUUGAAUGCAAAUCCGAUUUUAAUGUCAAUGAAAAUGGGUGGAAAUAUCACCACUUACAAACCUCGAGUCUACAAUAAUAAUAAACCUGGCACAACACCAAUCGUUGCUUCACAAAAUAAUAAAAUGAAAUUGGCUUUUCUUUCAACCGAAACUAUUCCCGAUUAUAGACCAAAGGAUUUGAUUGAGGAGAAGAUUAAGAAAACAACGACCAAUCAAACGACCAAAUUUCAACAGUUGCAACAAAGAUUUGGACAUGUGGAGGUCAAUAAUGAUAUUCCUUUGAUUAAGGAAAUCAAUAGUAUGGGAGAUACUAUCACGACGGAACAUGACCUGAAAGUGGCGUACAAUCAGCAGUCGGAAGAAUUGCGCAAAGUGAAAAAACAGCUCGCCAACAGCGAACGCCGUGUCAAAGAGCUGGAAGAACUGGUGAAAAAAUUACAAAAGAAGUAAAUAUCGUAUGCACUUUUUACGUAUUGUUACCAAUUAAGUUGUGUUUAUGUGAUAACGUGUUAAGUUAUUUUAUUGUGUACGUUUCGCGGCCUACUUGACGGUCACGCUCCGUCAAGGAGGCUGUGUUUUAUUACUGUCACAGAGUUGCCGAAUCUAGCUAAAGAAGCAAUUUAGUUUGGUAAGUAGAGGUAUUUUUGCAGCCAAAUCAGUAUUUUAGUAUCGAGUAGUGUCUGUGUAGCUUUUGUAUGAUUAUUAGGGAGGAGGAUGCAACCACGCACAUAUUGUUUAAGUCACAUACAUUUAUUGUAAAACUACAGUUCGUUAUACAUAAUUUUAGGUUCUCUCACUGAAAAAAGCUGAAUAAGUGUGCUUCAGAUUUAGGAAUAUUUAUGACAGGCUUUUGUACCUUUACAUCAGUUGCUUUUUACUUUUAAUGAAAUAAAGUUUCUCAAUCUA